GAACACGGAAGCCCAAAAGUCAGGGCCUAUUGGAGAAGAAGAGUUCCGAGGAGCCUGACUAGAGUUUGCUUAAGGAGAGACACUGUCAGGACCCAGGACAGCGGGGCCGGCUUCUCGUAGCUGCAGGCCGGGAGCGGGGACCUCGCGCAAGCCGCCUGAAGGGGGCGCGCCCGGGCCUCGCCGGAGCAGGAAGUUGUAGCAGGAGCGGGGCAAACGCUGGAGCCGGGGACAUCCGGCGCGGGACCGCGGAGGAAUUAAAGCUUGACUCCCAGUUGGGACAAACAGGUCUACAAUUCCUGGAGUGAUGAAUCGGAUUCGCUGUUCUGAAUUAGAAAAGCAAGCCAGUAAGCGUGGGCCCUGACUCCACUUCAUGAGCGACUAGAGAGAUGGCAGCCUUGAAUUCUGGGGAUAAAAAGAGGGUCCUUCCUGCCUGGAUGACAGCCCACGUGGCUGAGAAGAGAAUGGUGCCAGUGAAGAGGAAGAGAAUGGCAGCGGUGCCGGUGGCUGCAGCAAGACUUCCUGCAGUGAAGACUGUGUACUGCAUGAGUGAAGCCGAACUCGUAGACGUUGCUCUGGGCGUCCUGAUUGAGAGCCGAAAACAGGAAGAGGCGUUGGAACGGCUGCCUCUGUCAGGCGCUGAUAAGCUAGAGCUCUCCCCCACCUGCUCAGCGGCACCGUCACCGAGUUCAUUGAGUUCUGGAAGUGGAAGUGAGGAUGAAGGCAAUGGCAAAAACGGUGCCCCUUCCCCAGGCCUUGGCCCUUGUCAGGAGCCUGCGGGUUCUGACUCUGCCUGUCCCAGAAGCCCUGAGGAAGACGAUGAUGUGCUAAAAUACGUCAAAGAGAUAUUUUUCAGCUAAGGGGCAGGCUACCCGGGACUUUCUUCCCAGAGCAGCUGAAGGAGAGAGUGCUUUUCCUGUCUGCCUGGGGGCUGCUCCCAGCUCCACACCUCCUUGGGCUCGGGACUUGGGAAGUGAGGAAUCAAUGAGCUCCCAUUAGAAUUCCUCUCACAGUGUGUCCUCUUCCAGCUCAGGUGCUCUGCAAUCCCGAUUGUCUGUUGUAUUAGGUUACCAGGCUCCAGGGAAAAUGAGGUUGUGCUGGUCAAAUUUAUCGGAACCAAACAAUCAUCUUAAUAGUUUUCAAAGAAAAAAAACAGUAUGGCUGCUAAAUACACUGGAAUUCUUCCACUUUAGUCAAUGUUCAAUCUCUCCCUAAGGAGGAAACUAUUUUAAAACCAGUUUCCUUUACAAGGCAACCGCUCGUCCGGCCCUGAAGGCGUGCUCUGCUCUGGGAGCUUGAGGCGCUCGGGGUGCAGCCUGUGCCAAGCCCCUGCCAAUCAGACAGGCCUCCUCCGCCGGUUGUGCCCUUCCUUCCACUUGGCGACCUUGGCCUUCACCCCUAGGAAGGCAGUUUUUUGUUUUGUUUUUUUUUCUAAAGAUUUUACUGGGGAAGGGGAACAGGACUUUAUUUGGGAACAGUAGUGUGUUUUUCCCGGGACUCGUAAGCUCCAUCCAAAUCAAGUU